GCGGGGCGGGCAGGGGCUCGUCGGGUUCAAGCCUGGUAGAAGGGCUCCCUCUAGCGUUGGGCAGCGGUAAAAACACCCUUAGCUGCGAGCUCCCGGAACCACGGGACUCCUCGUUUCCAAUAAGGGCGCUGACUCGCUCCUAGCUCCCCGGAUCCCCAGCCCCAGCCCCAGCCCGUAUUAAAUUCCACCUUCUCUUUCACCUUUUGGCUACCGGAAGAAGGAAUGAGAAAGCCACAAAAUGGGAUUUUUGAGGCCCCGUGUUCUCGGGCCGACCCCGACCCCUGCCUCCGCCGUUCAGGAGGGAAGCGCGGCGCAGUGUGACGCCGGUCGCUGGUUUUAAGAGGGGGCUGCGGCCUCGGAGGCUGUCUCUGGUGCUCCCAGCUCACUCCUGGGCCCCCGAAAGCGCCUCCCCGAGACUGCUACCGAGAUCACUGAGGAGAUGGCGCCCAGGACGGGCACCCGAGAGCGAGGCAACUUUGGAGUGCGCCAGUGCGCGCGCUGGGGUCGGCGCCCGGGCCUCGGCCGAGUCCUAACCGUGUCUCCACGGCUGGGGAGAAACCGGACCCAGAAAUCUCGCAAUCUGGUUAGGUUCGGCCCGGCAACUCCCAUUCUAAAGACUUUGGGCGGAGACCAAGCGGAGUUGGAGUCCCCUGCUUGCCUACGUGGCGGGAGGGUCUUUCGGUUUAGCUGGCCUCCCACUUGGUCGGGGCGCGCAGGAUGGAGACCCUUUACUCGAGGGAUUCUAUUUCUUUGACCUUGACGUCUUACCUAACCAUUCCCUUACACGGGGUGCGUGGGGUAGGAAGGGAGGGGAGAGUGGUUGGGAGCAAGCAAAAGGAGGGGAAAAACCGGUGCGCGGCGGAAUGGGGCAACUCGAGCCUCAGAUUGGACCCGGACUGCUGGGUUCUAGACCCCGGCUCUGCUGCUAACUUGUCUGAAUCCCCCCCAUUUAGAAAUGGGGGGGGGUGAGGGAGGGACCGGACCAAGUGAACUCCGAGAGCCCUGGAAGCAGCUCGGGCCGAGGGAUUUAGGGGAAAGAGUGCCGCGUUCCCCGCGAGCCUUCCCCGGCGCCGCCCCCCUCGCCGGGUGAAUCCCCAGCGGCCCGCGCCGCGCAGGCGGCGAUCCUGGCGGCCGUCGGGGGCCGGCAGCUUCCUGGAAAGUUACUUCUUGUUGGAGCCGGCGAUAGGCAGAGAGUGUUCUGUGAAAUCCGCAGAGCCGAGAUCGACUGCGUUCCGGGAAUGAGAGGGCUGUGCCAUUCCCCUCACUGCCCCCUGCCUUGACGGCGUAACAGGAAAAAAAAAAAAAAAAGGCAUACACACAAUGUUAGCUACCGAAGUGCACCAAAAGUUUUAUUUGAAUGUAACUAAAUUAAGGGCCGCCGCAGUGACAGCGCCGCGCCUUGCGGGGACCUCCGGGCGGCUGGGCAGCGGCAGCCGCCGGUCCCCCCGGGGGUGGGCGGUCUCUGGAGGACAGGUUUUAAGCAAAAUUUUGGACUGUGAAGCAAGGCAUUGGGUGAAGACAAAAUGGCCUCGCCGGCUGACAGCUGUAUCCAGUUCACCCGCCAUGCCAGUGACGUUCUUCUCAACCUUAAUCGCCUCCGGAGCCGUGACAUCUUGACCGAUGUCGUCAUUGUGGUGAGCCGGGAGCAGUUUAGAGCCCACAAGACAGUCCUCAUGGCCUGCAGUGGCCUGUUCUACAGCAUCUUCACAGACCAGCUGAAAUGCAACCUUAGUGUGAUCAAUCUGGAUCCCGAGAUCAACCCCGAGGGGUUCUGUAUCCUCUUGGACUUUAUGUACACAUCUCGGCUCAAUCUGCGGGAAGGCAACAUCAUGGCUGUAAUGGCCACAGCUAUGUACCUGCAGAUGGAGCAUGUUGUGGACACCUGCCGGAAAUUUAUCAAAGCCAGUGAAGCGGAGAUGGUGCCUGCCCUCAAGCCUCCUCGUGAAGAGUUCCUCAACAGCCGCAUGCUGAUGCCCCACGACCUCAUGGCCUACCGUGGCCGGGAGGUAGUGGAGAACAACUUGCCGCUGAGGAACGCCCCUGGGUGUGAGAGCAGAGCCUUUGCCCCCAGCCUGUAUGGUGGCCUGUCCACACCCCCCGCCUCCUACCCCAUGUACAGCCACCUGCCGGUCAGCAGCUUCCUCUUCUCCGACGAGGAGCUGCGGGACGCCCGCAUGCCCAUGGCCAACCCCUUCCCCAAGGAGCGGGCCCUCCCCUGCGACAGUGCCAGGCCCAUGCCUGCUGAGUACAACCGGCCGGCCCUGGAGGUAUCCCCUGGCGUGUGCCACAGCAGCAUCUACUCACACUCACCCAAGGAGGCGGUCCCAGAGGAGGCUCGGAAUGACAUGCACUACAGCGUGGCUGAGGGCCCCAAGCCGGCUGCCCCCUCGGCCCGGAAUGUCCCCUACUUCCCCUGUGACAAGGCCGGCAAAGAAGAAGAGAGGCCCUCCUCAGAGGAUGAGAUUGCACUGCACUUCGAGCCCCCCAAUGCGCCCUUGAACCGGAAGGGUCUGGUCAGUCCCCAGAGCCCCCAGAAAUCCGACUGCCAGCCCAACUCGCCCACAGAGUCCUGCAGCAGCAAGAAUGCCUGCAUCCUCCAGGCCUCUGGCUCCCCGCCAGCCAAGAGCCCCACCGACCCCAAAGCCUGCAACUGGAAGAAAUACAAGUUCAUUGUGCUCAACAGCCUCAACCAGAAUGCCAAGCCGGAGGGGCCCGAGCAGGCUGAGCUGGGCCGCCUGUCCCCACGAGCCUACACGGCCCCAGCUGCCUGCCAACCGCCCCUGGAGCCCGAGAACAUUGACCUCCAGUCCCCGGCCAAGCUCAGUGCUGCUGGGGAGGAUUCCAGCAUCCCGCAAGCCAGCCGGCUCAACACCAUCGUCAACAGGUCCCUGACGGGCUCGCCCCGCAGCAGCGGUGAGAGCCACUCGCCUCUCUACAUGCACCCCCCUAAGUGCACCUCGUGCGGAGCUCAGUCCCCGCAACAUGCCGAGAUGUGCCUGCACACCGCCGGCCCCACGUUCCCCGAGGAGAUGGGCGAGACCCAGUCUGAGUACUCGGACUCCAGCUGCGAGAACGGGGCCUUCUUCUGCAAUGAGUGUGACUGCCGCUUCUCCGAGGAGGCCUCACUCAAGAGGCACACGCUGCAGACCCACAGUGACAAACCCUACAAGUGUGACCGCUGCCAGGCCUCCUUCCGCUACAAGGGCAACCUCGCCAGCCACAAGACGGUCCACACGGGUGAGAAACCCUAUCGUUGCAACAUCUGUGGAGCUCAGUUCAACCGGCCAGCCAACCUGAAAACCCAUACCCGAAUUCACUCUGGAGAGAAGCCGUACAAAUGCGAAACUUGUGGAGCCAGAUUUGUGCAGGUGGCUCACCUCCGUGCCCAUGUGCUCAUCCACACUGGCGAGAAGCCCUACCCCUGUGAAAUCUGUGGCACCCGGUUCCGGCACCUUCAGACACUGAAGAGCCACCUGCGAAUCCACACAGGAGAGAAGCCGUACCAUUGCGAGAAGUGUAACCUGCAUUUCCGCCACAAAAGCCAGCUGCGACUUCACCUGCGCCAGAAGCAUGGUGCCAUCACCAACACCAAGGUACAAUACCGAGUGUCGGCCACCGAGCUGCCUCCGGAGCUGCCCAAAGCCUGCUGAAGCAUGGAGUGCAGCGCUUCCUCUCCAGCCCCUUCGCAGAACCUACCCAAAGGAUACUGUAACACUUUACAACGUCAUCCCUUGAUGCAGUGCCUCUUUCAUCCACUAGUGCAAAUCAUAGCUGGGGGUGGGGGUGGGGGGCGGGGCCGGGGGCGGGGAGCCGUGGCGCUCCCCCUGCCCCCACUGCCAUAAAACAUUAAGAAAAUAAUAUUGCUUCUUCUCCUGUGUGUAAGGCGAGCCACGUCAGCACAAAGCAGAUUCAUUUUAUAUAUCAGAGCGGGGAGUACGCAGAGUCCUGACUUGACUUGGUCUACAAAAUGGGGAAUGUGUAUGUUUUGUGGGAACAGAUGUUUCUUUUGUAUGUAAAUGUGCAUUCUUUUAAAAGACUAGACUUCAGUAUGUUAUCAAAGAGAGGGCUUUAAUUUUUUUAACCAAAGGUGAAGGAAUAUAUGGCAGAGUUGUAAAUAUAUAAAUAUAUAUAUAUAAAAUAAAUAUAUAUAAACCUAAAAAAGAUAUAUUAAAAAUAUAAAACUGCAUUAAAGGCUCGAUUUUGUAUCUGCAGGCAGACACGGAUCUGAGAAUCUUUAUUGAGAAAGAGCACUUAAGAGAAUAUUUUAAGUAUUGCAUCUGUAUAAGUAAGAAAAUAUUUUGUCUAAGAUGCCUUGGUGUAUUUGUAUUUUUUUGCAAGUGAAGGUUUACAAUUUACAAAGUGUGUAUUAAAAAAAACACAAAAAAAAGCUGCAGAAGGAAAACUGUGUAAUUUCGUUCUAGUUUUCAGUUUGUAUAUACCCGUACCACGUGUCCUCCCGGUGCCUUUUUUCACAGAAGUUUUCAAUGAUGGGCGAGUGCGCGCCGUCCCUUUUUGAAGUGUAGGCAGACACAGGGACUUGAAGUUGUCACUAACUAAACUCUCUUUGGGAAUGUUUGUCUCAUCCCAUUCUGCGUCAUGCUUGUGUUAUAACUACUCCGGAGACAGGGUUUGGCUGUGUCUAAACUGCAUUACCGCGUUGUAAAAUAUAGCUGUACAAAUAUAAGAAUAAAAUGUUGAAAAGUCAA